AUGCUCUCCGGACCAGACACUAUGGUCCGCGGGCUUCGCAAGUGGGCAAAGAGCGUGCAGGACGGACUCUUUGCCGCCCUCUAUGCCAUGCACCAGGCCCGAUCGCCACCACCGGCGUGGCGGGCCGCCGCAGUGUUCACCAUUGAUAUGGCCCAGCUGAUGGCCUUUGCCUUUCACGCUGCCUUUCCCAUGGCGCACUCGCCGACGGAAGCGCUUGCCUCAUCAGUCCAUCCCGAUGUCGACGAUCUCUCCAUAGUCUCACUCGCCUUGGUCCUCCUCUCGCGACCGAUGUUCCUCGCUCUCGGCGGUGUUGUGGUCGUCUUCCUCCUCGCUGUCUUUGGCAAUCUUCUAGCUGUCAUGCACGCCUUCUCCACUGGACGCGGCGCCCAGCUCACCUGGCCCAUCACCACCCUCAACAUAUUUGUCAUGCCCACCCUCACCAUCUUCUACAUUCCCAUCAUUCAGCUGCUUCUCAUUCCGCUCGCAUGCGUCGCCACCGAGGGCCCCGACGCCGCCCAUUCGUACGGCUGGCUCCUCGAUCCCGACACAAAGUGCUACACCGGGUGGGGGCUCGGCCUGGCCGUCUCCGCCGCCACCAUUCUUGUUGCCCUGCUUGCUAUGGCCCUGCCUAUGGCCCUUGUCUACUUUGAUCCGCGGCCGCACUCACCCGACGUCUUUGCCCGCCCGCUCGGCCGCUGCUCCCUCCUCCUCCUCACCGCAAAGUCGAUCAUCGCCGCCACCUUUCGCAUCCCACCGCCCGACUCGCUCGCUGAGAUCAAGGCUACAAUCAUCGUUGUUGUCUUUGCCUUUCUCCUCUACUUUCACCUCACUCGCCUGCCAUACUACUCGGCCACAACCAACACUGCCGUCGGUGCCGCCUACGGUGCGCUUCUCGGUGCUGCCGUUGGUGCCGCCAUCGCCGUUGUCAAUGCCUCACGCACCGCGUCAUGGCCCAUCUACCUCAUCCCGUCCUCCGCCCUCGCUCUUGCCCUGGCUGCCGCUGCCCUCGUCCGCCUCCGCCUCUCUCGCCUGGAAGCCAGCAUCUGUCGUCGCCUCGAUCGUCUCCCAGAGUGGGUACAGGCCCUCCAGGCCAGCGCCACAACCGUUCCUCUUAGUGACACGGUCUUCUCACUUCCGCAUGCAACUCAAAUUGAUCCGCUAAGUGGCGACACCGCCGCUGCCGCAGAGGCUGCUCGUCUCGGUGCCGCCCUCCGCCGGUCGUUUCUCUCCUCGCCGCGCGCUGUCGAGCGUGCUGUGCGUAUUUACCUCAGCGCUCGCGUGCGAGCUGCCCAUGCCUCGGAUGCUGCCUCGGAUCCAGAUGAUCCGCUUGCCUCGCUCCAUGCCCUUGCCAAGGUAUACGACCACCAUGCGGCGGCGCUCUUUGAGCUUGGCACCGAGCUGUAUCCGCAAUCGACCGUCGUCCGCGUCACCUACGCACUCUACACCACCGCCUUUUCGCCCCAGGCCGCCGCCGCCGCCCUCACUGCCGCCCGUGCCACCAAGAGCAUGACUUCGUCACUCGAUGCCCGCUACGCCGUCUACGCCUUUGAACGCUCGCUUCUCAACGAGGCCCGCGGCGGUGGUGCUGUCCACGGCGGACUGGACGUCGCCUCGUUUGUCGAGUUUGAGGAGCACUUUAACGUCGCCUCUAUCGCUCAUCGCCACGCCCUCUCGCUUACCCAUCGCCUCUGGGUCCUCAUCCAGGACGCUGACGUCGACGCCGACGCCUUUUCUGACCUCGUAUCGGCCCUCACUGCCGCCAGGGCCGCCGCCAAAGCCGCCUACGCCCAGCUUCUCACCCGCUUCUCGUACUCGUAUGAUCUUCUGAAUAUCUACGCCGACUUUGUCGAGCACUUUGAUCGCAACUAUGAGGUGGCCGACGCCUUCCGCGCUCGUGCAGAGUCAUACGCAGCUGCAGCCGCCAACGAUAAGGCCGGCCGCUCUGUCGCAGAGGCCUCGGCCUCGUGUCGGUCCGCCUCUCUCAGUUCAGAGGGUGUGCCCAGCGCGAGUCACUCCCGCCGCGGCUCAGUUUCAUCGCUCCCAGGCUCCUCGCGGAUGCGGCAAAGCUACCACGCGGUCAUUGAUCGCAAGAUUUCGCGGGCCUCAGUCGCUCUCAACGGUGGUCGCGCGUCCAAGUUCCAACGCUUGGUCAUCGGCUCGCCAACGCGAGACUCGACACCGCCACGAGGCACUUCAUCUCACCGCAUUAUCCACGCUCGCACCUCUUCCCGCACCCGUCACCGCGCCUCUGCCAGCGUUUCGACCAGCGGCCACCAUCCCAUCAGGAGCAGCUCCUCGUCGGCGUCCGGCGUUUCCAAAUUGUCGCCUUCUAGUGCCACCUCUGAUACCGAAGCACGACGCCGGAGGCGGCCUCCCGGCUCCCGCCGCUCGCUACCGUCAUCGCCGCCGUCCGUGCGGCCCCGACCGGCGUCUGCCUCGCCGCAUCGGGCAGAAGCUGGUGUCUCGUCCGUCACUCGCCAGACACUGGUGGCAACAUCCUGGACUGAGUCGUCUGCCCCGUCGAUCGUCGACCGCACCAACGCCAGUUUGUCCGAGAGCAGCUCUCGGGUUCCCCAGUCCACCGGCCGCCGACCGCGCGCUGCCCUUUUCUCCCGCAAUAGCUUGUCUUCGCUCCGCAGCUCCGACUCGGGAUCGCAAAGUGGGAUUUCGUCGCCCAUUUCGUCGGGCAUUGCCCAUCAGACCCUGCGCCGGUAUCGGGCUGCCCGGCAACGCGCGCUCUCUGCCAAGUCACGCGCUGUGCUCCGCCUCCGCUGGUCGCUCCGCGUCGCAUCGGCCGUUCUUGGCCUGCUCUUUGUCAUCGGCUUUGCUUUUCUUAUUGCGCAGUACAAGGACUUUGACGAAAAGCUCCGUAUGAUGAACACGUACGGUCGCAUGCGCAAGCUCUCGCUCUCGAUGGAUCUCCAUACAACACAUGUUCAGCAAGAUUUCGCCUCGCGGAUCGACCGUGACCAUGCCGCCGAGCAUGCUGGUGUCCUCGCCACCCUCGCGGACACGCUUAGCGACCAUAUGUCCCGAAUGUACCGCAAAACGUAUGGCUCGGCACGACUUUCAUCGCCUCAACUGGACGCCCUCUGGCGCUCACCGUACAUCCCGGUCAUUUACGCCGUGCACAAACCGACUUCUGGCACCGUCGUCCGUACCACGCGACAGCGAUCUCUCUGGGACGCCGGUGCCGAGCUGAUUGCAUCUGUUCGCUCUGUGGCCUCCCGCCCCCUGGCCCCCUGGCCUAUCUCCGUGUCGAACAUCGACUCGGACGUCCUUUUUGUUCGUGACAACAUCCGCGGCUUUGGUGGUACUGGUGAGCUUGGUGCCGCCUUUGGUCGCGGCGGCGCUCUGUUUGUGGCCAGCAUCCGCGCCGCUGUUAACUCGCUUCGCACAACACAGCUCGUGGUGUGCAUUGCCUCUGUAGUCACCGUCAUCAUUAUUGGUGGUGCUGUGCUCUACCCGUCGCAUCGAGCACUGCGUUACGAGCAACGAGAGUCGUUCCGUCUCUUCUCCACCAUCCCACCAGCCAUCGCCGCCGAGGUCUCGAACGAGUUCUCGACAGCGCUUGCUGACUUUGAUCAACGCCACGCCCAGCUCUCAGACACCAACGGCCCCACUGACGGUCUUGACGCCGGCAUGCUGAGCAUUCAUAUCGACGCGGAUGUGUCUUCCUGCGACUCGACCAUCGACGGCAACGGCUCGGACACCGGCGGAGCAGGCUCGGGCGGAACAGUCCUGUCAAGCUCACACAACGCCGCAGCCGCGCGGAGUCGACUGCGCCACGCCGGCAUCACUUCGGGCGGUCGCCUUUCCAUACUCCAUCGAGUCUUCUACCGAAUCACUGGUGCAUUGGUGGUUCUGGCAACAUUGUCGUUAGCGUUUCUUGUUGUAGGCUUGAUCUACGCCUCUUCGGUCCGCUCGCACGGGUCCACUAUCAACAAGGCUGGCAUCCGCCGGUACCACGCCGCUGCCAUUCAUUUCAGCGCCUACCAACUCAGCAUCCACGCGCAACGUGCUCUUGGUAUCAACCCACUCAAGACAUCCAUCUCCGUCCCCGACAUCGAGAGCGUCCGAGGUGCACUCGUCGAAUCAGCCAAUGCUCUCUGGGACGCGCACAUGUUUGUCAAGUACGGCAACGCUGCAGCGGCCGGUACCGAUGGCCAGUUUCCCGCCCUUGACAAUCUGAUGUACGCUCGCGGCCUCGACACCUUGCUUGCAGGCUAUGUUAGUCAGGCCCAUGCGCUUCACACGCUCUCGGCCAACCUCACCUCAACCAAUGCCUCGCUGGUUGUCCACGACGUCGCGGACGAGCUUGCUGCGCUUGAAGAUAGCCAGCUUAAUGCCCUGCUGGAAGAAGCUGUCACCAUCAUCGGCGAUGCAUAUGCUGCCGAGUUGCACGUUGUCCGCAUCAUUGCCGUCGCCAUCAUUGUGAGCCAGCUUGUCUUUCUGGGCUUGGUCUACGCGGUUGUAUUUGCGCGGCUAGUGGCGUCGAUCACUGAUGAGGCACAGCGCUCGCGCUCGCUCAUCUUUAUCAUCCGGCCAGAGAUCAUUCAGCUCCUUCCACAGCUUGCACACUUUAUCGAGACGGGCGAGUUUAUCGAGCUGGAAGCCCUGGAGCGGAGUCUGAAUGCACCAGGCCUUGUCCGCCGCUGUGUGCUUGAGGUCUCGGCCAACUCGCGUACAAUCGUGGGCAUGGACGGCGAUGUCUCGUUCUUUGGUAUUCCGCCGCGCUCGCUGCUUCGCCUUCCUAUCUCCGACUGCGUGCCGAAGCUCGCAGAAGCCGCCAAGGCUCAACCAGCCAGUAUAGACCCACUGCUGCGCCACAUGCAGCUUCCGCCGCGCAAGGUGGCCAUCACGCCGUUUGCCUCGGCCAACUCCUCGUCCGAUGCGCGGUUGACGGCGUUCGUCUGGGUCACGCACUACCGGCCGACGCCGUCGCGCGGCCAGUUUGGAUUGUCGCUGAUAGAGGUGCAGCCGUCAACAAGCACGCACCGGGGCUUUACACGCCGCGCGUUGCGGAAAGUGGCGCCGUCACCGUCGCCUGGCAACUCCAAUAUCCGGCUCGACAACCCGCACAGCACCUUUGCCAUCGGCUUUGUCCCGCAUCUUGUUGAUGGUGAUGUGCACAUGGUGCCUGCCGGCGCCACAUCGGAGGCCUCUGGACGCUACCGGCUCACGUUUUUCUUCCGCGAUCUAACUUCUGGCCUCCGCCACACUGCGGACAGCGUCGUCAUUCCUCCAACGCCCCUGCAAACGCUCGGCCCGUUCGAGACCGAGCUAGUUGAGAAGCGUGCUGCUGUCUGCAGCCAUCUUGGAACGCAACUGGGCAAGAUCCAUGCCCAUCUCGUAGUCCAUCCACUCAGUGGAUUAGUGGUCGACGCUGAGGUCGAUCCGGUCGCAGCUGCCUGGCUGGAUGCGGAUCUCUUGAACCAGCUGAGUAUGUCGUCGCUUGUGCCCGGACUCGAUGUGCACGCCCUCGUCUCCUCGCCGUCCCCGAUCGAAGCUGUUGUCUAUCCGCCAGGCGCUGUCCGGACCGCCCUUGUGGCCAGUAUGGCCGCCGAGUCUAUCACCAUAGCGGAGAAUCGCUCAGACGUCCUUGUCGUGGUCGCCGUUCGCUUUCCGCUUGCUGCCGCUCCCGUGGAAGUCCGCGAGCUUGCCACAAGUCGCGAAGCGGGUGUCAUCGUCUUUGCCACCUCUGGCCGAGCCCAUGGCAUCGCGGCACCACUGGCUGCCGUUGGCACCUCGCUCCUUCUCCUCGAUGUGUCGUUUGAUGAGCUUGUGGCCCGGCCGGAACAUGCUCUGGGCCCAUCGCUUCCAACUUGGCUUGCAGAGCCACCGCCACCACCGCUCGACUUCGGCGAACGGCUGACCGGCUCGAUCAUUCGAUUUGAUACCAUGGCAGUGGUUCUGUUUGCGGCACGGCCAUCAGCAGUCACCUUUGUUUCGAACGCGCAGCUCGCUUGUCACGAGCUAUCGUCGUCCAACGACACGCCGUCGACUGCCUCAGCCGACUCGGCGCCCGCGAUUAUGAGCGCAUCCGUCCAGACCGAGCUCUACACUUCCGCCGUCAUGCAGCCCAUCGCGGCUGACGCUUACUGGACGGCGGCACGGGCCGAGGCCCAGCCGCAGCUGAAGGAGCUGGCCUCGCUGGAGCUGCUCUCGAAUCUGCGGCUGUCGGCAUCGCGGAUGGCGACCUGUCUCGGGGCGUCCUCGCUGAGCGUCUCGCGGUCGUCCAAGCAGAAGAUCCUUGCUCUCUGGGUCUAUCUCACUGCACCGCUCUGGGCGUGGGUCCUCCUCAUUCCGGUCGUCUUUCCGGUUGUACACCGCUACUACGAACGGCACGUGGCGCUGGCGUCGACAACGUCGACGGCGGCGCUGGUCUCGUCAUCAGCGCGGACGUGGAUUGCGUAUGCCGCGGCGCUGGUCAUGGUUCCGCUCUCUACUGCUGCGGGCAUCUCACUGUACAUUUUGGUCUCACACUGGUCCCAGCUCGAGCUUUCGUUGGCGGAGCGGAUGGCACCCCUGCUGGGAUACACGCUGGUGUAUCUACUUGCGCUCGGCCUCCUGUUCACCAAACUCUCGCUGCUCAAUGAGCAGUAUCAGCUCGACCGGCUGCGUGCGCUUCUUGACCGUGCGUCUGUGGGCGUUGGCUCGGUGGACGCGGUCGCGACUUCGGGCCACGGCUCGCUCUCGCAUCGCGACAUGGAGGCGCUGCUGGCAACGUACGAGUUUGACGGAACUGACGGUGAUCUGGUCUCGCUGCUCUCGGAGCAGCAAGAGCAAGCUCGCGGACAUGUGUGGGUGAGCGCAUCAGGCGCGUGGACAGAGCAGCAAGAGUCGGAGUCGAUGUCGGGUAUGUAUCUCUAUGAGUACGUUUCUGACUACGAGUCGACAGCACGGUCGUCAGCGUCAGAGUUCCUGGACGAUCUGUCGUCGUCGAGUACCACAGACAUGGAAGCCGGGCCGCGACGGCCUGCGCCGCUGCUGAAGGCGCGCGAGCAAGACGACGCGAUCAUUGAUCGCAUGAUGGCACUGUUUGCCAGCGCGGCGUCAUCGUGGCGGCGGAUUCUGUGCUACGUGGCGCUGGCACUGUCUAUCUCGGCGGUGCAGGCUCUGCUUGGCCCAGUGUAUCGGUCCGCGUCUGCAUCGGGCGGUUUUUCGCUCUCAUCGCUGUGGCGGUCACAUGCCUUUGCGCUGGAUGCGGCGUGGUAUGAGAGCGGCGCGCGAAUUCUUGCGCUGUACGCGCUGUUUGUGACGACACUCUCGGUGGUGCUGCUUCUGUUCAAGGCGCUGGCGGAGCUGCGGUUUGUGGAGGGUCACUUGCGAGCGCUGCAUGAGGCGUCGACGCGUAAGACGUCGCUGGUGGCGCGUGCUUCGGGCAAGCGCAAGCCGUACGUACUGACCAUCGAGAACCAGUACAUGCUGUAUUUGUGGGCCGAGCUGCGGACUCGGAUCCGUGCGCGGAUGGAGGUGGCCAAUCGUGAGGCCGGGCCUGUGGCGGCGAUGGCGCUGGCAGGCGUCAUCACGCUCACGCUCUUUGUCAUUGUGCGCAUCGUGACGCUGCCGCACGACGGUGCGUUCUUUGACGCGCUCGGUGUGUACACCCUCUUCAACAUGGUAGUCCUCCUCCUCUUCCUCUACGCCAUCGUCUCGGCCGGAAUCAGCAUUGCCUCGUACCGAACCAAGCAGCAGUUCUUCCUCACCACCCAGAAGCACAAGCUCCGCAAGCAGCUCUCUGCAGCGGUGGAGGCUUCAUCACAGGCUGCGACCAAGCAAGCGCUGAUGCAGGCGCUCGACGCUCAAAUCCUCGAGGUUGCCGACCAGCCCGCACCGUCGAUCCUCUCCAUCGCGCUCACCGCACAACUCCCGCCUGCAACGGGGGCCGACAAGAGCGAGCUCGCCAUGUUCUUCUUCAACUCGGGCGAGUACGAGUCGGCCGAGGUGGCUCUUGGCGAGGUGGCUGCGGGAGCGAGUACUGCUGCUGCCGAAGCGAGCACGGCCGAAGAGAAGCAGGCGGCUGCGGCCAAGGCUGCCAAGGCCCACCACAUGCGUGCACUUGCUCUGCAUCGUCUCAAGCGGCCCGAAGACGCCAUCGAUGCCUUUGAUUGUGCUUUGGAUCUGCUGCCGGAUGGCCAUGAAGCUGCUGCCGAUGGCCACGCUGCUGGCGAUGAUGCCAUCGCCGCUGUGGCUCUGCCGCGCCUUGAUGCCCGUCUGGCCCGGGCGAGUGUACUGCUGGAUCUUGGGAGGGCUGCCGAGGCCGAGACCGAGGCGACGGCCGUGACCGAGGCGGUGGAGAGCGCGUUUGGCCCCGCCGAUGAGAAGACAAUUGCGGCGAGGACGACGGUGCUGAGGGCGCAGCGGGCCAAGGGCGAAGUUGAGGCCGCGGUGGACGGGCUUGGCGCGCUGAUGCAGGCGGCGGCCGGAGCGCUCGGUCCGCGACAUCCGCAGACCUCGAUUAUCUGGAUUGAGUGGCUUGAGGCCAUGCACGCGGCCGGUGGCCACCCCGACGUCCUCCAGGCGUUCAACGAGUUCAUGGCCGUCGCCGAGGCGGUGCUGGGCAAGACCGACUCACGGCUGGUCGACACCCGGCUGCGAGUCAGCCAGUCGAUGGUUGCGCUCGGCUUCCACCACGAGGCUGUCGAUGUGCUCAAGGCUGCUGUUCGCAUCCGCCGCGAGGUGCUCGGCAAGAGAAAGAAGGCCGGUAAGAGCAAGAACAACAACAAGAACAAGAAGAAGGGUGGUAAGAAGCGCAAGUGA